AUGGGCAGGCGGCUCGAGGGCAUGCCGCGGCGCGUGCAGCGAUUCAUGUUUGAGAAGAUGCUCAAAGUGAAGCCCAGCCGACCGCCGUCCAUGCAACGGUUGAAACGGCAAUUCCAGAUGCGUAUAGUGGACGUCAACCGCACUGCCAAGGUCACCAAGGGAGGCAAGGUGCUGAGUUUUACAGCACUGGUGGUGUGUGGGAACGGGCAAGGCACGGUGGGGUAUGGCAAGGGCAAGUCGGCAGAAAUGGGGCUGGCGGUUGAUAAGGCGUACCUGCGAGCGCUGAGGAAUCUGCACUACUUUGAUCGCUACAGAGGGCGAACGAUCGCCGAGGCACAGAUGGCGAAAUACGGAAAGACAAAGGUAUACAUGUGGCCGGCGCGCAAGGGAUCAGGCAUGAGUGCCGGGAGCACGCUGGCUGGCAUUCUGAGACUCGCGGGUUUCCAGGCAGUCAAGACCAAGGUGAUUGGCUCAAGGCAUCCUCACAACACGGUGAAGGCAGCCUUUCAAGCUCUCAGCAUGGUAACGGCCAAAGCGGAGGCAGGCCAGCACCAGCCACCUCGUAUCUCAGCUUGA